UUCACCUCACUAGUUAUCUUUCAAAGCAUUUCAAAGGUCGGCGGGGUCGUCAUAUAACCAAGUUAAUUUAAAUUAUUAAAAUUCCAUUGGAGUAAACGGAUUAAUAUGUUUUCCCGCACGUUAAAACCCAUAGCCUCAGUGGCCACACAGAAUGGUGUCAAAAACUUCAGUACCUCAUCCCAGAAAAACUUCAAAGUUGUGGUAUGCGGAGCUGCAGGCGGCAUCGGCCAGCCACUGGGCUUGUUAUUAAAGCAGAAUGCUCUUGUAACACGGUUGGCCCUGUACGACAUCGCACCCGUGACCCCAGGAGUCGCCGCUGACCUGUCGCACAUGGACACUCCGGCAAAGGUCAGCGGGCACAAGGGUCCAGAACAGCUGGACGAUGCUAUCAAAGGCGCGGAUGUGGUGGUAAUACCGGCGGGUGUGCCCCGCAAGCCGGGCAUGACUCGCGACGAUCUGUUCAACGUGAACGCAUCUAUAGUGCGCGACCUGGCCGCUUGCAUCGCCAAAAACGCGCCCAAAGCUGUGGUGGCCAUCAUCACCAACCCCGUCAACUCCAUGGUGCCUAUCGCGUCAGAAGUGCUCAAAAAGGCGGGUGUAUACGACCCCAAACGCGUCCUAGGAGUGACGACCCUCGACGUUGUCCGCGCGGCCGCCUUCAUCGGCGAGAUCAACGGCGUGGACCCGCGCACCGUGACCAUCCCCGUCAUCGGCGGCCACUCCGGCGUCACCAUCAUACCCGUGCUGAGCCAGAGCAAGCCCGCCGUCAAGCUGUCCGACCAGGGCAAGAUCGACGCGCUGACCAAAAGGAUCCAGGAGGCGGGCACUGAGGUUGUGAAAGCAAAGGCGGGCGGCGGCUCGGCCACGCUGUCGAUGGCCUACGCUGGCGCGAGACUCGUCGGCUCAGUACUUAGGGGCCUUAAGGGCGAAUCCAACGUGGUGGAAUGCGCCUACAUCAAAUCCGACCUCACAGAGGCAGCCUACUUCGCCAACCCCGUAGUUUUAGGCAAAAACGGAGUCGAGAAGAACCUCGGCUACGGAAACCUCAACGACUACGAAAAACAACUUCUAAAAGCGGCCAUCCCCGAACUACUGAAGAACAUCAAAACCGGCGAAGACUUCGCCAAGAAGUAAAUCGAACUACACAAAUUGGGUGGUUGACCAGGCGACUACAAAAUAAAAUAUACCAUAAGUUUUUAUAGUAGACAAUUUUAGGCAAUUUAUGUAGUUUCACAUAAGUUUAAAAGUAUUUAAGAACGUGGUUUUGUGAAUGACGUGUUGUUUGUACAUCCAUAAGAAAAAUAAUAUACUUUGGACGUCAUUUUACUAUCAGAUUCGUAUGAUGUCAUGACCUCUUUGAUAAGUCAAAGUAGUUGAUGAUAAUAUAAUUGCAAUCCGACUUACAUUUGGAAAUGUAAAUAUUAGACAAUAAUAACAAUAAGUGGCAGCUUUAUUUUCUACAAUAAAACAAGUAAGGCUCGCUGCACUUUGGAUGCGUUUUCGUACGAAUUUGACUCGUGCGAACACGUACGAACAAGCACGAACAUUUCCGACCUUCCCAGUAAUAUAGGAACCUGCAGACUUUGCAUACGAUUAACUUGCACGACAAUUUAAAUUCAUACUGUUAUCAGAAAAUGCAUCCAAACUGUAAAUAGACUAAAAUAACGUUCCAAACUGUAGGUUUAUCACUUUAUUUUAGUACAGUACUUUUUAAUUUACCCCUUUCGAGACAGGCAAAGAUCAUUAUUUUUAUAAUCUGUCAGCUAUCCGUUCUUUGGUUUUCUACCAUCUAAAUAAACUUAAUUUUUUUUAUUACCAGUAUAUUGCAACUUUUUACAGUAUUUUUCUUUAAAGUAAGCUAAAAUUGUUAAAGUCCUGGUCACAGCUCUACAGAGAUUAAUGAUUAAGUAUGAAUGCCAUGAUUCAAAAGUUUUUGUAUUAUGAUAUUUUUAUUUGGUUAUUUACUGCAUUUUAUCGAAUGUUUAUAAUUUUAUUGCGUUCUCAAGUUAUUUGUGAUACACAAAAUAUGAGUAUAAUAUGAACACCCUUUUUAUGGCUAUCAUGUGGCACUGUACUGAAAGUGAUGUGCGUUAUUUAAUUAUUAUUAUUAAACAAUAUUAUUAU